AGACUCUGUGAACUGCGGUAUGGGAAUAAUUUAUGAAUUGGAUAAUAUAAGGACCAGACUAUCAUUCUUUAGGGCCUUCUGGACAUGUCCCUCAAAAUUUUUUGCAUUCUAUUUAGAAAUAAGGACGAAAUUUGAGAACUCGCGUCUAGGGAUUUUUCUAGGGAUUCUCGGUAAAGUUUUCGACGCUAGCAUCGCCUUAAGAGGUUAAAGAAGCAAACAUAAUAUAUUAGUAAAAAUAUUCAAAUAAACUAUAAAAGUACAAAUUUUUUGGACUUGUAAGCAUGAUUAAUGUAUUGAAUGUGACAAAUAUCAUGUUCAGGUUACCUCUGUAUUCCUUUAAUAAUGUACGUAAUAUUUCUACCUGUAUAUAUCCAUUGUGUUUCCGAGCAACAGAGAUUCUUCUAGCAGAACCACUUAAAAAGAGGAGGCGAUUAGAUCCUGCUAUUAUCAGAGCUAGAGAAGAUAGGAAGAAAAGGAAACUGGCAAAAAGAAUCCGCCGUUUAGAAAAACGAUCUGGUCAGUUAAAACCACUCUACGAAAUAGAAGGUUUAGCUGAACUGGCUAAUGAAAAAAAUGAAAGAUUGCGUCAUUUUACACCCCUGUCAGCAGAAGAAGUAAGGAACAGAACAUUGCUAGAAAGAGAAUGGGGCAAAUAUAGAAAAGACGAAUUGCAAAAGGACUUGCAGAUUAUAAAGUCCAUUAUGCUAUCACAAGAAAAAGCACUAAAGGAAUUAAAAGCUGCAUCAAAGGAUCUUUACAACAAAGCUGUAGAAUUUAACGAUCAGUAUUUGCCUUAUAACGCCGUUGGACCGUUAUACACACCACCGAUAAUCGAUUACGAUAGUCCUGAUGGCGAAUAUGCAGAAACUACGGUGAAAUAUGUAGGAGAAACAUAAAACGAUACAAGUAAUUAAGCAAUAAAUAAACAGUUACAAGAAGAUAUCAUAAAGAGUAUCGCAAAGUGGAAUAUUUUCAUUGGACAUAAAAUUAUAAUUAAAGGUAAUCGAAAUAGCUUACAAGGAUAUUAUUUCCUUUGAUACUGUUUAGCCAAAAAAUGAAACGUAAGAGCGAUUUAUGAUUAAUUUGUUGUUUACACAUUUUAUGUUAUCAAUGUACAUACAUGUAUUGUACAGUAUUGUAUAAAUUACACAUCAAAGUUUGUACAAUAAAAGUAUUUCUGCUCGACUAGAAUAAAAAGUGAUUUCAAACAA